UUGUGCAAGCAUACAGAUCUCAAGUUUUGCAAGAAAACAUUUUUUCUCUCCAAUUUCCGUGAUUUGUAGGACCUGAAAUGGAAGAUUUAAACAACAAUUCAUCCACGCGGUCUUCCGCGGAACGUCCGACGUCACGGCGCGGCGGCGGAAUGAGCUCCGCGGCCGGAAUUUUCAACUCGUUUAACGAUUCGUCCUCGCCGAGUCCGAUCGGAGUGCUGAGACCGGGAACGGCCAUGAAAGCACCCUCGGCCGUACGGGGAGGAACCGCCAGUCGUUUGACCGCCAGCAAUAUCCUGUCGGCAAACUCUUCCGCCUCGACCCAGAGAAUCGGAACGGCACUCGGGAAUGCGGGUAACCGGAUGGCCGAGCGUCCCAUCACCCAGCACGGGAUAAGUGGAUUAUCCACUUCGUACGGCAGAAUCGGAACUGCCACCGGUAAUCGCCAAGUCAAAGACAAGCGCUACUGGCAAGCGGUUCUGCAGAGCAAAAUCCAGGAGAUUUCCCAAGAAACGGAGAAGCUUAUGAAGGAAAAGAAAUUCCUAGACCGCGAGAAAUCCGCUCGCAAACUGUACGAAAAGCGUGUCAAAGAUUCCGCCAAGCAGUUGACCAAACUGCAGUCGACCCUAACAUCGAUGAACAUCGCCUUGGACAACUGCAGCUCUGGAAUGACGCGACAACAGUUGCAGAACGAAACGCUCGCUCUACGCGAGCGCAACGAACACAUCCAAGAGCAGUUGGAAACGGUGUUCAAACAACGGCAAAUCAAGGAUACCGAAAACCGCGAACUGGAAGCUGAAACUGAGAAGGAGAAGAACAAAAUCAACGAAAUGAUAUUCUCGCUUCCGGAUACGGACCAACAGAAAUAUCGCGAAUACCACGCACUGUCGGAGAGCCUCCGUCAGCAGAACACAAUCUACCACAACCAGAUAAGCGAGCUCGAAAAACAAAAGGAUCGACUCAACACAAUCAUCAUGAAUUCACAAACUCGCACCGAGGCUCACCGCUUGAAGUCCAAACUCAAGGAAUUGAUGGCUAAACGCAACCAAAUGGUCGACGAGGAGAACAAUCGCCUGUCUCCGGCACAAGAGCGGGAGAAGCUGAUCAACGAGGUUCGUUCGAACAAUCAAGCACUAUCAAGCAUCGGGAAGCAGUUGAAGAUUAUCGAGGAUCAGCUAAACGAAAAGAAAGAAAUGCUCCAGCAGAUUGACCAGGAUUUGGAGGAAGGAAACUCCGAACGGCAUACCAAGUACAAGGAGCUGAAGAAGCGCGAUGAAGUCAUGUCCGCUUUUAUGGACACGUUUCAGUCAAGUCUUGCGACUGAAAAGCAAAGGAAGUGCUUUCCGCGCCGCUAUUUGUGUGUUGAUUCCAACGCACUUGUCGUCUACAAAGUGUUUUCCAAUGGCGGCCUGGUCUUGGCGAUGGGCGUUUACGACAAACGAUUCGCUUUUCAUCCCAGUGGUGCCAGCCAAUUGGAAGGCCGGGUGUUUUAA